GAUUAGGAUAUGUGUCACAGCAUUAUUUACUAUUAAAUGCGAACCGAUAGAGUGGAUUCAUGCUGCGAUUGUUUAAUCUUCUGUCGCACCCUCUUUAAAUUGUCACCCCAAAAGUUUGAAGUGCAUAUGAAGUAAAAAAAAGUUUUUUUAAACUUUACGCAAAAGAAAAUAAAAGCUGAUUAGUAAAGUACUAAAAGCCGAGUAAAAGGUAAAAAGGUAAAUUUGUUUGAAAUAUGGGUUCCUCUAUGAUGCCAAACACAGAGUUUGAUCUUUAUAUUAAAUCUAAUGUAACAGUACUGAAAUCUCGUGCAAUCGAUUUGCUUCUUUCUAAAUUAAGAGAUAAAAAUACUAACUGCGCAGAGUUUACUUUUUAUGGAGAUCGGUUAAUGAGGAUUUUAGCAGAAGAAUCAUUGGCACAUAUACCAGCAGUUCGAGGUGGCGAAGUUAUAACUCCAUGUGGGUCACUUACUGGUCUAAUUGACUAUCGCGAUAAGAUAAUAUGUGUUGUCUCUAUUCAACGGUCAGGUGAUAUUCUACAAGAAGCUGUUCGUACGAUUCUUCCUGGAAUUGGUAUUGGAAAGAUACUAGUUCAAAGAGAUGAAAGCUCACCCGAGAAGAAUCCUGUUUAUUAUUAUAAGAAUUUUCCGAAAAACAUCUCUGAUUGUUAUGUUAUACUAGCUGAUCCAAUGUUGGCUACCGGUGGAAGUGUCAAGGUAGCAAUUUCUGUAUUAAUUGAAGCUGGUGUUUCAGAAUCUAACAUAAUGUUUAUUAAUCUUAUAUGUUGCCCUGAAGGUCUUCGCUCUUUAAAAGACGCAUAUCCUAACGUUAAAGUAGUCACAUGUUGUAUAGACAAAUGUUUAAAUGAACAUAAGUAUAUUGUUCCAGGAUUAGGUGACUAUGGCGAUCGCUACUAUGGUACUGGAUAGUAUUGUCGAUCAUAUAUGGUGAUCGCUACUACGGUGCUGAAUAGUAUUGAUCAUUUAGGUUAGUAAUAUUAUUUUAAUUGAAAGUUUUAGUGUAAGUUUUGGUUUUAAAAAUAUUCAAUAUAAGAAAUAUACAAAUGUAAAAUACACGAAUUUUUAUUUUUAUUUUUACCGCAUAUGGUCUUGUGUUAAGAGACAUGCGAUUAUUUUUUCAAAAUACAAUCAAAAUAUUGUAUUGGAUAAUCUAUAAAUUUUA